CCCUUGUCUGUCAGUGUGAUCAAUGGCUUGACUUCCUCUUUUUGGUAUGGCUGUAGGCUGUAUACAAGAACGCAGGAUUCGCGUGGUGCUGCUCUCAGUUUCACAGCAGCAGCAGCCAGCAGUGCUUGAAGACAAUUAUAUCUAGAAAACACGCCGGAUUCCCUCUGCAGUCAAGAUGAGUGCAGGGGAUGUGGUCUGCACCGGCUGGCUCAUCAAAUCCCCCCCUGAGAAGAAACUAAAGAGAUAUGCAUGGAGGAGACGAUGGUUUGUUCUUCGAAGAGGACGUAUGAGUGGGAAUCCAGAUGUGUUGGAGUACUACCGAAACACAACCUCAAAGAAGCCCAUCCGCACCAUCGACCUGAGAGAGUGUGAGGUUCAGAUGCAGACGGAGCAACGCCUGGUCAAGAGGGAGUUCCAGAACCAGCACCUCUUCGUUAUCAAGACGUCGUCUCGCAUUUUCUACCUGGUGGCCAAGACUGAGGAGGAGAUGAACAGUUGGGUCAGCCAGAUCAGGGAAAUCUGUCACUUUGGACCUCUGAGUCUGGAUGAUGGGACAGAAUCUGAGGAAGUUCUCUCUCACACCCCAAACCCCCAGCAGGUUUCACCAGCUCUCUCCCGAAGUAUGUCAUUAAUUUCCAACCAUGACUUUGUGGCCAAUGGCAACAGCAGAGUGGAGAUGCCGAGCCAGAUGGAACCCAACUAUCCACUGGAUUACCUAUUCCUCUCACAGUGUGAGACAGGGAGGUUCAGCCUCUCUAGAUGCGACAGCUUUUCAAAUUCGGAGAGAUCUCUGGAACAAAAUUCAUCAGACACUACUACUGAAGAUGUCUUCUCUUCACCCCUCGGCACUGAUCCUUCUCCGUCUCCCUUUCCCCAUACUGGCCCAUUUCCGUCCCCCUUCCCUCACACUGGACCAUCUCAGUCUCCCUUUCCCCACAUUAGGACGCAUGACCCCCCUUUCAGCGCACCAUGUGGCCCCACGUCAACCUCAUCCUCUCCUCGAACACUCCAUCGUACACCAGAUGUCUUCCAGUUUGACAAACCAUACUCUUCUGCCAUAUUGGAGGCAACUAGUGAUGGACUAACUCCCCCUCCUCUACCCCAGCCUGUCCACCUCUCAGAGCACCUCAGAGAUGACGGCUCCCACGGGCCUCUGGCAGGAAUUAGGCAGCAGCUCACAGGCCAACCUGCACUCAUCCCCCGGAGGAUCUCUCUGUCAGGCCUGCCAGACCACUUCAGAAGAGGAGACAUUGAGGGGAGUGCAUUGAGGAGCAGGAACAAAAGGCUUAGUCUCAAUUUGCCACAUUUCAUUGCCACUCAAAGUCCAAACUGCCAUGAGGACUCUUACGUGUCCAUGGCCUCUCCGCGUGUCUGUGUUGGUGAAAAUGUAUCGGACGGCUACAUCCCUAUGAGCCCCACUCCAAUUAGCUUCCUCAAGGCUAAUGGCAAAACAGAGGCCCCUCUCGCUCCCACCCCCCUUCCCAUUGCAGAUCUACCUGGGGAUCUAGAACCACCUCCAAUCAACAGGGAUCUCAAACCACGCAGGAGAGCACGGCCUCCACCACUGGACCUGAGGGGUCUGUCCACUAUCAGAGAAUGUCCGACUCAUAUGGCUUUGAUCAGAACCAUGACAGAGCCAGGAAAUUCACUGCAAGGAAAACUGGGAAUUAAAGGAGACCAAGAAGCCAGCAUUCCAGUAGAGUCAAGGCAACAGUUCUCCACUACAAACGAGGGCGCCUCCCAGCCGUGGCUUAGGAGAUCAAACCUUGACUACCUUUCACUGGAUUUCAAUUCCGCAUCCCCCUCUCCUGUGCAAAAGAAGCCCUUACUUACUGACGAACACAGGGUGGACUAUGUGCAGGUGGAUGAGAAGAAGACUCAGGCCCUGCAGAACACUAAGAUGGAAUGGAAGGAUGUCCGGCAGUCUAAAGUGUAAAUCAGACGGAGAAAAAGUAAGAUGGGAUAAAACACAAAUACUUUGCAUUUCACAGAACAAGUGGAGCAAAUGCAACAUCACAUUAAAUAUAUGUCAUAACAAAUGGUAGCUUAUCUCAAAGAGAGCAAUUCUUCUUUCAUGUACAAAAUAAAAGCACUUUGAAAUUGAUCAGAUAUAAACAUCUAUGAGAGAAGAAAGUAGACGGUGUUGUCAAAAAAGGUUUAAAUGACUGGUUUGUAGUUUGGGGCAUCAACAUUCACUGUACAAAUAUCACAUCAAAGUUACACUGUGAAUGUUACCUUACCGUGCACUGUGUCACAAUGCUGUUUUUGUAUCAAAUGCUAUGCAAUGAAAAGGACAUUGCUCAUUGCUCAUUAUUUUGCUGAAACAGAUUGUAUGGAUUCUUAAUACACAGGAAUUCAGGGAUUAUGUUUUUAUAUGAACAAUGGUCUGAGUUUGAGAUCAUCUUAAACCAAAUGAACACGUGUCUAAAUGUUAGCCAUGGAAUCCUAAAGACAAACAUGCAUUAAUGCUUCUGCCCAGCAUAUUGCAUUUGUUGUUGUUUUUUAAGUUCUGAAGCCUUCGAUUGCCAGCCAGCAGGAAUAGAGCCAUGCAAUCUGUAGUCAUGCACAUAGGGAGUGAAUGGAGUAGUAUCGAUCAUUCAGAGAACUCAUACAGUAUCAACAGGAUGAAAAUCUCAGACCUGAUACUGUGUAGGCCUAACAGUACUGUGUUGUUACUGUUUAGCAGAAGGCAGAUUUAUGCAUGCGUGUAACAUACAUCCUUUGUCCCGACCUUGUCCACAUUCUUAUAGUGCCCACAUUUUCAGACAGGUGUAGAUGAUUGAAAGACGCAUCGUGAUCUGAUCUUCUUGACCACUUCUGGAGAUAGUCAAGGACCCACUGUGUCUGGAUAUCUUACAAGUGCAGACGGAUCUGGACAGUGAAAUCAUCAUUAUCCCAUCGUCUAAAACCAUUGACUUAUGGAAUUCAUUUUUUAAAUGUAUUUUACCUAGUAAGUUAACUGAGAACACAAAUCAUGUGUCAAAUAAUGUGCAUACACCUGCAUUGCUUGCUGUUUGGGGUUUUAGGCUGGGUUUCUGUACAGCACUUUGAGAUAUCAGCUGAUGUACGAAGGGCUAUAUAAAUAAAUUUGAUUUGAUUUGCAUACAGGGAGGGACCAGGAAAUCUGGUCACAAUGUGGACACAGUGAAUGGAUAUGAGACACAUUUUAAUACCAUGUGUAGACAUAUUUCAGAACAUGUGGGCACAAUAAGAAUGUGGACAAGAUCAGGACAAAGGACGUAUGUUAGCGCCAGGUAUAAAUAAAGCCAGAUGGUACCGAUGACUCAAACCACAAUAUCCACACCAUCUUGAUAGGUCAAUCUACAGCAGAAAGCACAAAUCACUCAGUGUGCCUAUUCUAAACUUGGUGAGGGUGAAUAACUACCUUACAAUGAACGGUCGGCACACAAAUGUUGGGAAAGCUGCAGUCUUAACUAGAUGUUUCUACAGAUGGAAUUGAACCCAUUAUUUUAGCAUAAGCGGUACCAGCUUCAUGUUGUGUUUUGUUUUAAUGUAUGUUUUAACGUGUCCAUGUAAUGUAUGCAAAGAUGCACAUCUAAGAAUGUUUUCAUGCUUUAAUAAAUCACUUUUACCUGAAA